AUGGAAAGGUUGUCUGCGCUCUUAAUGAUGUAUUUAUUAGUUGUUGUGAAUCCGCGUAACAUUGCGUACUAUCCAUUUUACCACGACCCGGAAGCUAUAGUUUUCGAAGGACCAACUAAUUACAAUGAGACUCACGAACGUAAUUAUCAAGAGGACAGUGAUAAUGUGAGCACUAUUUACGAUAUAGAUGUAAGAUUCGGCCAACCAGACGACUGUCCGGCGGGAUAUGAAAAAGUUGGUGAUUUGUGUUUUCCCAAUGAUUGA